GCGGAAGCCGGGGUGUGUAUUCAGGUGAGCUUGACGCAGGCGCAGAGCUCAUUGAACCUGCAGCAGCUGACAGACGCGUCCGAACAGAACAAAGAAGAAAAUCACAAGUCUCUGAUUUUCUCACUGGAAACAAACAAAAAGGUCCAUUCUCAGACGAUGGAGAAGUCAAACAGCCAAUAUGACUCGUUCCUCUUCUGGAGGCAGCCAAUCCCGGCCCUCGACGUGUCGGAGCUGGCAGAUCUGGGUCUGACUGACAGCCAGCCGGCCAAUAGCAUCAAAGGAAAAGACAAGUCGUCAACACCGAGGAGUGACGAGGAGGAGUCCGUUCUCUCCGAGUUCUCCUCCUUUAAUUAUUGGAGAGCUCCUCUCGCCGACGUCGAUGCUCUGCUGGCCGACCUCAACCUGCUGCUCUGAACGCUCCACCACCUGACCUCUGACCCCAGAUCAGCCCCACCUGACCUCUGACCCCAGAUCAGCCUCACCUGAUCUCUGACCCCAGAUCAGCCUCACCUGACCUCUGACCCCGGAUCAGUCUGCAGGCCUCUUUCUCCAGUCUUUCAUCUACUGAUGAAAAUGAGACGAUUCCAGGAAGUCACCAAAAUAAGAGCCUGGUUUUCAUAUUAAAGCAGGUCCUCACAGACGGACGGAGGUCUGCUGAGACUGAUCCUGGUUCAGAUUAAAUCACAGCUUUUUAUUCACCCUGAUCCUGAAUCAGUUUCCCCAAAACCACACAGACAGCUGAGAUGUGUUAAUGCCUGUUUCACUGAUUCACAGUUUCUGUGAUCAUGAAGCUGAUCAUCAACUCUGAACUGUCUCCAGAAGGCUGAGGAUGUUAAACAGAAAUAGAAUUAAAACGCAGUGAGGCAACAAUUAGUUUCAGUUCAACAGGAAAUUAUGAAAAUUGGAAAAAAUCUGCAGAAAUUUUUCAUAAAGACAAUGAAAUGUGUGUAAAGAACAGAACAGAGGAGGUUUACUGAGGGAGGGAGAGGUGAAAUGUACGGAGGACAGUGAAUGCAGCACACACACUCACAUACACAUGGGCACACACACACGCACACACGCACACACACACACUCUUUAAACAUCCAUUGUGUCAAAGAACCAAACCAGGAAGUGCUCAGUGAUCCCAGUGAUCCGAUUGGUCGGAUUUGAACUAGCUUCUUGAUCUCAGAUCAGCUGAUUUCAACCUUCACGUGUGAAAAUGAGAUUUUAACCCCUUCAGCAUGUGAGUGGGGGGUGGACAAAAUAAUAGAAACACUGUUGAUCCAUUUUUGAUCCGAUGAUUAAAAGUUGUCUGUGUUUCUGUUCCAUGAUGAAAUGUUUCCUCAGAUUAUUGAUUGAUUGAUUGAUUGAUUAACUGAAUGUGUCUGAACCCUUUGAUGAGACUCAAACUGUUUAUGUUUCCAUUUGUGCCUUUUUGUUCUUUUGCCCCGAGCUGCUCUGUUUACUGUUAAUUUAUGUAUUUCUGUAUUUAUUAGUUUCUCAUGCUGUUUUACUGAGCGGGCCUCAAACUGAGCCGCAGGAAGGAAACUACAGUUCACCCGGUUCUGUCAGAAUGUUCUGUUCACCUGCCAACAAUAAACUAAAGUCUUCUUUGGACCGGU